AUGAGCUCCGCGUGGAAGAGACUCCAGCGCGUGGGAAAACGCGCCUCCAAGUUUCACUUCGUGGCCUGUUACCAGGAGCUGAUGGUGGAGUGCACCAAGAAAUGGCAGCCAGACAAGCUGAUUGUGGUUUGGACCAGGAGGAACCGACGCGUCUGCUCCAAGGCUCACAGUUGGCAGCCGGGGAUCAAGAAUCCGUAUCGGGGGAUGGUUGUGUGGAUGGUGCCAGAGAACGUGGAUAUAAUGGUGACGCUGUACCGGGACCCCCACGUGGAGGAGUAUGAAGACAAGGAAUGGACCUUUGUGAUUGAGAACGAGUCCAAGGGGCAGCGGAAGGUGCUGGCCUCGGCCGAUGUUAACCUGCAGCGCUUUGCCCGCCCCACACCUGCCCAGGCCGAGCUGAAGCUGAAGCUGAAGCCGCGCUCGGUCAAGGUGGUGGCUGCCACGCUGCAGCUCACGCUGUCCUGCGUCUUCCUGCGUGAGGGCAAAGCCACGGACGAGGACAUGCAAAGCCUGGCCAGCCUCAUGAGCGUCAAACCCAGCGACAUCGGCAACCUGGAUGACUUCGCCGAAAGCGACGAGGACGAAGAGGCAGCCAGGAGGGCGCGGCAAGAGGAUGGGAGCAGCCAGGGCACAGCGCCAACAGACACAUCGCGAGAGCUCAACACUCUUGCUGAGGAAGAGGAGAAUCCCUCGGCCCCAGGGACCAGCAGGGCAGCAGCUGGGAGAGCAACCCCCCGUGGGACACCCCGAGAGGCAGGCUCUGCCAAGGAGGAAACUGUCCGAGUGGCCGACACCCCAGAUGCCCCCCUGAGGGACACCCCCCACCCAGCCCUGGAGCUGGUCCUACAGGGAGCAGCACCCUCCCCUUCCCCAGAGUUGAUGGGGGCCCCCCCAGUAAGUGGUGCAGGCCAGGCCGGGAGGGCUGGGCAGAACAUGGCAGCCGGUGGGAACCCAAAGGGAGCUGCAGGGGCUGUGGAACCAGGCGCUAAGGGGGAGACGGGGGCCCAAGUCCCGGAUCAGGCCCACAAGCCAGGCACAGGCCCCUCGCAGGAGACGGGACGACGUGGUGGCAACCCCAGGGUUGAAGAGGAGGAGAAAGCAGCAGCCUUGAUGAAGCGGCCGGCAUCAGGGAGUGACACCAAGGGCAGGCCCAGUGACAUCUGGAUGCCCCGGGCGGAGAGCCCUGUCCCUGCCCCACGGCAUAAGAAACCCCUCCUGCCGGAACCCGCUGCGCCCACGGCUCCACCCCCCGAGGUACCCUCCAUCCAGAGACGCCGAUGGGAAGGUGCCAAACCGCAUCCCUCCCAGCUCAAAUUGGGAGCAGCAAAGUCAGAGCAGGGCCCUCGACCCGCAGCCUCUCUGCCUGUGCCAGCGGUGCCUGCCAGGGCCCGGCUAGCCCGGCCUAGGUCAGCAGAACUGCCAGUCCGGCUGAAGCCGCUGCCCCGGCCCCGGAGGGACAGGCGGGCCCGUUCGGCGUCUCCGGGCAUCUCUGUAGUGAUGUACCUCGAUGAGGAUGCACCAGGACCUGCCGUUGUUGCUGGGGAGGGCAUCGGCCUGGCCAGGAGCGGCUUGGGGGCGGGUGUGCCCUCAGCCGCUGCGCUGCUGGCCUUGUCGUCUGUGGUGGGGCUGCCCACGGUGCCGUGGGGCAGGCAGGGAGAGAAGGCAGCGGCAGCAGCAGAUGCUACUGGUUGGCCAAGCGUCGGGGGUGCUGUUGCUCCUGUGGUGGUGCCCCUCAAAGAGGAAUGGGGCAGGGCGACAGGAGAGGGUCCCAGGGGGGCGUCCCAUCUGGAGAGGCUGACAGCAGAUGGGGCAGCCGGGAAGGAUGCUGGGGGAGCUGCUGUGCGGGGGCGGGGAGGAGAUGCAGCCUUUCUGGUGGGCCCACCCAAGCCGUGGAGGUAUCGGUCAGAAGAUGUGGUUGGAGAGGGUGCCAGGGGGGCAUCCAGAGAGGUGAUGGAGGCGAUCCCAGGCCAGUUGGAGAGGGGCAGGCUGGAGGAGCCAGCAGAACAGGAGAACCGCAGGGCAGACAGGAAGGCGCGUGGGGGCGCUGCUCAGAGCGUAGCGGAAGUUGUGCCCUUGCUGGAGGGGCACAGAACAGAGCUGGUGGCACAGGAGGAUUCUGGGCGAGGAUUCUGGCCAAGCCCAGCACCAGACCUGGCUCCCACAGCGACGCCCCCCAAGCUGGAGCAGCACAGGGCAGCAGGAGAGAGACCUAGGGCAGCAUCCCAGCCAGAGAGGCCAGGAGCAGAAAGGGCAGCUUGGAAGGACGCUGCGGGGGCUGCUGUGCAGGGGGGGGCAGGCGAUGCACCCUCUCUGAUGGCCCCCCCCAAGCCAUGGAGGUGUCGGUCGGAGGACGUGGUGGGACAGGGUGCUGGGGAGGUGCCCAGCAGUGUGAUGAAGGCAGGAGCAGGAGAUGGACUGUGGCGGGCAAUCCCAGCCUGGCCAGAGUGGGGCAGACUGGAAGGGGCAGGGGGAGAGGCAGCUGGCAAGCCGGGUGGCGGUGCGGUGCACUCAGUAACAGCGGACACCCUGCCUGUGGAGGUCCCAGCCCGGCUGGAGAGAGGCAGGCUGGAGGAGGCAGGGGGAGAGGCGGCCGGCAGGCCAUGCGAAGGUGCGGCAGGGGGAGAGGCGGCCGGAGGUCUGGCAGGGGGAGAAGCGGCCGGCAGGCCGUGUGGAGGUGCGGCAGGGGGAGAGGUGGCCGGAGGUCUGGCAGGGGGAGAGGCGGCCGGCAGGCCGUGCGGAGGUCCGGCAGGGGGAGAGGUGGCCGGAGGUCUGGCAGGGGGAGAGGCGGCCGGCAGGCCGUGCGGAGGUGAGGUGCUGUCAGUAGUAGCGGAUGCCCCAUCUCUGGAGGCUCCUGCCCAGCUGGAGGGUGCCAUGGAGAGCCCGGGAGCCGAUGGUACAGUGCCUGGGGGUGCCACCUCCAGCACACCUGAGCCCCUGCUGGAGAGGGCUGGGCCGGAGGAGGCAGCGGGUUCCAGAGAGCGUGGUGGGGCUGUGGGCUCCCUGCCCAGCAAGGAGGAUGCCAGUGGGGCAGGGCCCCCUCUGGAGACGCAGUCAGGGCUCUGCACAGACCAGCUGGCCACCCGCACCGCCCCAGGAAGGAGCAGCAGACAGGCUGCAGCCCUCGCACUGAUGCCCCCCCAGGAUGCGCCCAUCCUGGGCCCCCCGUCCCCCUUCACUGAGCCUUACGUCUCACAGUGCCGCUUCACCCUGAGCCUCCCGCCCACCCACCCUGCCCGGGAGAGGAGUGCCAGCCCAUCAUCCAACGAGGGGACCCAGGCGUCUGGGCGGGAGCCAUCUCCCCCGCCCUGCGGCGCUGCCCAGGAUAGCAUAGGGCAGGAGGCGGCCCAGGAGGAGCCCCCAGCAACCAGCCCAGGCCUGGUCAGCUGCAGCCAGUCGCUGCUGGAAUGGUGCCAGAAUGUCACGGCUGGCUACCGGGGUGUCCGGGUCACUAACUUCACCACCUCCUGGCGCAACGGGCUGGCGUUCUGCGCCAUCCUGCACCACUUCCACCCAGAGAAAAUCAAUUAUGAGACCCUGGACCCUCUCGCUAUCAAAGAGAAUAACAAGCUGGCCUACGACGGCUUUGCCUCCCUGGGCAUCUCGCGGGUGCUGGAGCCGGCCGACAUGGUGUUCCUGACUGUGCCCGACAAGCUCAUCGUCAUGACCUACCUGUGCCAGAUCCGGGCCUUCUUCACGGGCCAGGAGCUGAACGUGGUGCAGAUCGCCAACCACAGCAGCCAGAGCACCUACAAGGUGGGCAAGUUCGACUCGGACCCCACCUUCUCCAUUGACCCCGCCCGCUUCUAUGCCGAGCGUUUCCAAGGUGCCGCAAGGGGACCCGAGGAGCCUGGGAGCACUGCCCCUGCUGCAAGGGAUAAUGGGAAGGCAGCAGCCAAUAAAACUGUGACAGGAGGAGCUGAAUUGGCCAAGAAACUGGAGGCAGAACGCACCGCCCAAAAGGAUGCUGGGACUGAUGCCAAGACAGGUGAUGCAAAGGAUGCUGGGAAAGUGACUGUAAAUGGCGCCAUAUCCCAAACAGCUGUGCAAUCAGAGGUGGAGCCCUCUGUCACAAAGGAUGCUGGGAAGGUGCCAAUCAAUGGUGCGACAACCAAGCCAGCCAUGAGUCCAGAGGCAGAGACACCCACCCCAAAGGAUGGAGGGAGCAAAGCCGCAAAGGAUGCUGGGAAAGCAUUGGUCAAUGGUGCAAUGUCCCAAUCGGCCAAGAAACCAGAGGCAGAGCCUCUUGCCCCAGAGGAUGCUGGGAAGGUGCCGGCCAAUGGUGACGAGAAGCUGGUGCCCCCUCCACGGCUGAAGCGUCAGUCUGUACGGAACGGGGAGGCGCCAGACCAGGCCGAGCGAUCCCUGCAGCGCUCGCUGUCCACGGGCAGCCAGGGCCCUGUGGCCCCACCACGCUCCCAUGGCAGCAAGUCGGGCUUCUCCCACGUGCGUGAUGCAGACCUGCUCAAGAAGCGGCGCUCGCGGCUCAAGAGCGAGUCACUGUCGAUGGACGAGGGGGAAGCAGGCGGCCCCCCAGGGGAGACACCACGGAGGAGGCCUGAUUGGCUAGGAACGGAUGACCGUGAAGGCAUGAUGACCCCCAAGGCAGGACCCCCUGCUUCCGCCAGGACUCAGCAGCCCCCAGAGAUAGCCCCCUCCUCCAGUGCUAGCACCCAGGAGCCGUCCCGGGAUCCCAGCAAGGAAACCAGCACCACAGAGGAGGAGGUUCCGCGGUUCCAAGACACCAGCCAGUACGUGGUGGCCGAGCUGCAGGCGCUGGAGAAUGAGCAGAAGCAGAUUGAUGCCCGGGCAGCCGUGGUGGAGAAGGAUCUGCGCUUCCUCAUGGAGUCAGGCACAAACCGGGCCCAGGAGGAGGAGCUGAUCCAGGAGUGGUUCACACUGGUCAAUAAGAAGAAUGCACUGAUCCGGCGCCAGGACCAGCUGCAGCUGCUGAUGGAAGAACAGGACCUGGAAAGACGAUUUGAGCUACUGAGCCGGGAGUUGAGAGCCAUGUUAGCUACUGAAGAAUGUCUCAAGACAGAAGCCCAGCAGAGGCGGGAGCAGCUCCUAUUGGAGGAACUGGUGUCGCUGGUGAACCAGCGGGAUGAGCUGGUGCGAGACCUGGACAUCAAGGAGAGAAUAGCCUUGGAGGAAGAUGCCAGGCUGCAGCGGGGCCUGGAACUGCGACGGCGCAAAUACAGCCGCAAAGAUAAGUGCCGCAUCAGCUAAGAGGCAAAUGGCCACUCCACAGUCCUUGUCAGUGUCCUGUGUCUGGGAUACUACCCAGGAUGCCUGCCUGCCUCUUAAAGGGCUCCAAGGUUUGCCUGCUGCUGCUGUUACCUCAGUGCCUCACUGUGUUGCCCCUUGUACAUUUUGCUGGUUUCCCUUCCAGUCUGGCCCUGCUCUAGGACAGAUGCAGUUUCCCAGCCUUCUCCAAUGAAUACCAAGGGGAGCACAGGGAGCCUGGCUGGCCCCUAUGGCAGAGGGAAACAGUCUGCUGGGGGCAGGGUGGGGCUAUUUAUUUUUGUGUGUGUGAGAGACUUUGUUCAGCUGGGUGUCCCUUCCCCACCCUGUCAGCUGCCAUUUCACAGCCAAGUUGUCGGGGUUUUAUCAUGGUACAAAAAGUUGAUGUGAGUUUAGGGAGGGCAGAGAACAGACGUGCCUUGACAGUGCCAUCCAGCCAUGUAUUGUAAUGGCAAAUUUCAAUUCCUUGUUCCCUGGGUAUUUGCACUAAUUUGUAACUGUUUGAAAUAUGAAAUAAAGAGAUGUGAAAGCCAACUCA